UAAACCCUCAGCAAACGAAUGAAUUCAUCAGCUACACUUGCUCGGUUCUAAUUCUAGCGAUUCCCGUCAGCAAUGUCGGAAGUGAUUAUUGUUUGAUGCUAGGGUUUUGAUCAUUCCCCAUUGUUUAGCUUCAUUGAGGUUAUUCUUUGCUAUGGCUUGCCGUCAGAUGUUAACUAAACAAGACACUCUCUUGCGGAGAUGGUACCACCCUUUGUUGAGCCACAUUGUUCAUCAUGGUCAUGAAGCGAUGAGAAAUUUCCAAUCGCCGUGUCUAAGUCAACCUGGAUAUGGAAUUAGCGAUAUUGUUAUGUCACAGAUUCAUACUAGAAACAGCAUUGGUGGUAAUGGGGGUUUCGGAUCACUUUGUGGGCAGAAUAAAAGUUUGCCUGCCUUCCUUUUCCCAGCAGCAGCAGCAGGGGUUGGACCGUCAUUGUCUAGAUAUAUGUCAAGUGCAACUGGAGAAGGCUCUGACAAAGUUGACAAUCUUGGUGACAUUGCCCACAUUUUUACCGAUAAAACUGUGGAAGCAGUUUCUUCAGCAACUCCUGCCGUUAAUGAGGUGGCUGUUGCAGCUGCUGAUUCUGCCUUCCCAGUUGCUGCACUUCAACACUUGAUUGAUGCUGUUCAUUCAUUUACUGGAUUAAAUUGGUGGGCAGCUAUUGCUGUAACUACUAUUUUAAUUCGAGGAGCAACAUUGCCUUUACUCAUCAGUCAACUCAAAGCUACUUAUAAACUCAAUUUGAUAAGAUCACGGUUGGAGGAGAUAAAACAGACGGUGCAAGCUUCGGGUAUGGAUCCUGUUGCUGUUGCUGAAGGCCAAAAGGAAAUGAAUGCUUUGCUAAAACAAUAUGGAGUUAGCCCUCUCACUCCGUCGAAAGGACUUCUAAUUCAAGGCCCAAUCUUCGUCAGCUUUUUCUUAGCUAUCUCAAACAUGGUUGAGAAGGUUCCAUCAAUGAAAUCUGGUGGAGCGCUCUGGUUCACAGAUCUCACUACUCCAGAUAGUUUGUUUAUUUUUCCAGUUCUAGCAUCACUAUCAUUCUUGGUCCUUGUAGAGUACAACAUGCAAGAAGGCUUUGAAGGUAAUCCUAACUCUGAUAAAAUGAAGAAGGUCUCAAGGAUCUUUGCUAUUCUUGCAGUGCCAUUUACAAUGGGUUUUCCUAAGGCACUCUUUUGUUAUUGGAUAACCUCCAACCUGUUUUCAAUGUCAUAUGGAUUAGGUGAAUAUUUGACCGUUUAAUUUGUUGGUUUUCUGGGCUAUUAUGUAGAAUUAGUAUCUACAGUGGUGAACAAAAUAUGAUUUUUCUCAGUUUCUUUCAACUUUGCGUGUUCAGUAGUAUGGCAGUCCUUUUACCAUGAGUCUCAGUCAUCCAUAUCCCGUAAUGCAUAUCGAGGUGCUUUUCUGACAAAUAACAAAAUUAAGCGCUUGUAUGUUCAUUGACAAGAGAUAGCCUUUGGUUUAUCAUUACCAACUAGAAGUUCAUUGCA